GCAAGCAAACACACCCACCCAUCCACCUCCAAGGACAGAGCUGAGAUGGCUGCUGUUGGUGCGAUGUUCAGAUCUGGAUUGCGGGGCGUGAUGGCUUUACCACAGCAGCAGCGAGCCUGGAGCUCCGGCUCUGGCUCCGAUCAGCUGGGUGAGCUCGGCAAAGGUGCUGGAAAAGGCGGGGGUGGCGGUGGAGCCAUCCGUUCAGCUGGCGGCGCAUUUGGAAAACGGGAAGCGGCUGAGGAGGAGCGCUACUUCAGGGAGAAAGAGAGAGAACAGUUGGCAAAUCUAAGAAAACAUCAUGAAGAGGAAAUAAGUCACCAUAAAAAAGAAAUAGAGCGUCUGCAGAAAGAAAUUGAACGUCAUAAGUACAAGAUCAAGGAUCUUAAAGAUGAUGAUUAAGUUGCUGCUAUUAUUGAUGUGGUAUCUGGCCUUGCCCAGGAUUUGAUUCUUACCAUAGUGUGAAAUAAACAAUUCACUCUA